AUGUGCAUCACUGUGAGACAAAUGCUGGGAUAAGGUUUGUGCAAUGAACCGGAAAGAAGUUCAUCUAAACCCCCUUGACUGCUGUGAAAGAAAGCUAAGACCGUCUCCAGAAAGUUUUUUGAACCCUAUUGAUUAAUUUGAAUGAAAAUCGCAUCAAAACCGAAGUAUGUGCACAUGAAUGGAUUAAUCCUGUCCUCAGCUCUGUGCAGCAGCAACCUGGUGAACUGCUCUGAGCCCAACCAGGCCUCCCUGCUGCAGGCUCUGGGUCCAGUCUUCAACCUGAGCGCCAUCCGGCCCGUCCUGAACACCUCAACCUCCACCAUCGUUAUCACAUACUUCACCCUGUACGGGAUACUCGGAGUGGUAUGUUCUGAGAAGUACUUUUAUAUCUUGGUGGACUACUGCGCUCUCUGAGGGCUUUUCUUGCAUUUGUCAUGUAAUAUAGUUGCUCUUCUUGUCUUCCAGGAUGAAAAGGCUCAACUUUUGAGCACUUACAUUUGGCUAAAUUACUGGUGGAAGAAUGAGUUUGCCCUUUGGGACCCAGUCCAGUGUGGUGUCAGCAAGAUUUCUCUUCCCAAAAAAUUCUGGGUUCCCGAUAUUGUAAUCAAUGAAUUUAUGGAUGAAAACACAGCGCCACCUGUCCCCUACGUGUACCUGCAGAGUGACGGUGUGGUGCGCGACGCUCAGCCUGUCAAAAUCAUCAGCUCCUGUAACCUCGACAUCUACACCUUCCCCUUCGACAUACAAAACUGCACUCUGACUUUCAACUCCUACAUCCACUAUGCAACGGACAUAAGGAUUUCCCUUGGGAGACCAGCGGAUGAAAUCACACAGAUGUCCAAAAAAGUGAUCACCACCAUGGGGGAAUGGGAGCUGAUGGAAAUCACCUCUAACAAAAUCAAUGUUGAAGAAAUUGAAAAUUUGAUUUAUACCGACAAGCUCACAUUCCAUAUCAGAGUGAGGCGUCGGGCCACCCUGUACGUGGUGAACCUCCUGAUCCCCAGCUGCUUCCUCAUCACCGUGGACCUCUUCAGCUUCCUGCUGCCUCCACAGAACGUUGACCGGUCCUCCUUCAAGAUGACCCUCAUCUUGGGCUACACCGUCUUCCUGCUCAUCAUGAACGACCUGCUGCCUGCCACCGGAAGCGCCAUCCCUCUCAUAAAUGUGUUCUUCUCCCUCUGCCUGGCUCUGAUGGUGGCCAGUCUACUGGAGACCAUACUCAUCACCAAUCUGCUGUGUGGUUCUGCCGACUUCUCUCCCGUUCCCCAUUGGGUCAGAGUGUUUGUCCUGCAAUUUCUGGGAGUCCUUGUUUGUUUGCCACAAAAGACUAAGAAACCAAAAGGUUCAGACCUGAAGAUCAGCACUGUUGUGGCAAAGGGCAACACUGAUGAGAAGCCUUCCGUAGUGGAGAACAAGGCCGUGCAGCAGCUGAGGAACCUGAGCAAAGACCUACAGGCCAUCCGCCUCCAGGUGGAGCAGCAGCUGAACGGCCGUCCGAGCUCAGAGGAAUGGAUCCAGGUGGGUUUCAUCAUAGACCGCCUGCUGUUUGGCCUCUACAUCAUCUUCAUAACAGUCAGCUUCAUUACCAUCAUCAUUAUCUGGGUGAAAUCAUACAAUCAGUAAACAACUGCUUUCUUUACUAAAGGGCUCCAUUUAUUUAGCAAGUGACUCAAAUGUUUGUUGGAUUUUGACUAAUAAGUUGUAACUGUUGUAGCUGAUUUGAAACACUACAUUCCUGGAGCCAAAAUAUUUCUGCAAUACAUAUACCAUAUAAUCAUUGUACUGCUGUUUGGAACCAUGAAUGAUUUAAAUUGCACCAUUAAAUAGAUGUAGUUUUAAGCUUUUUGUGUCAAACUGUGCAACUAUAAAAUGGAGGAGAUCAUUGUACACAAAAUAAAAUUACUUGGAAAAUA